AUGGGGUCUGAUGUCCGGGAUAUGAAUCUGUUGCCUCCAGUCUCUAGUCUGUCCGGGAACAGCAGCUGUAACAUGCCAGUUAGUAGCAGUGCUCAAUGGGCUCCAGUCCUGGACUUCCCCCGGGGCCCCUUACAGCUCCCUGACCCCUCACUCUUUAUCAAACAAGAACCCACCUGGAACCCAGACCCCCAUGAAGAUCAGUGUCUCAGCGCCUUUACUGUCCAUUUCUCUGGUCAGUUCACUGGGACAGCCGGGGCUUGUAGGUAUGGGCCCUUUGGGGCCCCAACACCCAGUCAGGCAACAACAGGCCAAGCAAGGAUGUUCUCCAAUGCCCCUUACCUGUCCAAUUGCCUAGAUAACCAACAGGGCAUGAGGAAUCAAGGUUACAGCGCGGUGGCUUUUGAUGGUACCCCAAGUUAUGGGCACACCCCCUCUCAUCAUACUUCACAGUUCACAAACCAUUCCUUCAAACAUGAGGACCCCCUCAGCCAACAGACCUCUCUAGGAGAGCAGCAGUAUUCUGUCCCCCCUCCAGUGUACGGCUGUCACACCCCUACUGACACUUGUACCGGGAGCCAAGCGCUUCUCCUGAGAACUCCUUAUAACAGCGAUAAUCUCUACCCAAUGACCUCCCAACUGGAUUGUAUGACAUGGAAUCAGAUGAAUUUGGGAUCUUCACUUAAAAGUCACGGGACGAGUUAUGAAAACGACAGUCACAGCUCCCCGAUGCUGUACAACUGCGGGGGUCAGUACAGGAUUCACACGCACGGGGUCUUUAGAGGAAUCCAAGAUGUGAGGCGCGUGCCUGGAGUGACUCCAGCUAUAGUCAGAUCAACAGAAGCCAAUGAAAAGAGGCCGUUCAUGUGUGCCUACCCAGGAUGCAACAAGAGAUACUUCAAAUUGUCCCAUUUGCAGAUGCACAGCAGGAAACACACAGGGGAAAAACCGUACCAGUGUGAUUUUAAAGACUGUGAGAGGCGAUUUUCUCGUUCAGAUCAACUUAAAAGGCACCAAAGGAGGCACACAGGUAUCAAACCUUUCCAAUGCAAAACCUGCCAACGAAAGUUCUCCAGGUCUGACCAUCUGAAGACUCACACCAGGACUCAUACAGGCGAGAAGCCCUUUAGCUGCAGAUGGCCAAGUUGCCAAAAGAAGUUUGCCAGGUCCGAUGAACUGGUUCGUCAUCACAACAUGCACCAGAGGAACAUGACCAAACUCCAGCUGGCCCUUUAGACAAAAGGGA